AUAGUCAGUGCUGCUGUUGCUGCGUUGAGCUUAUGGUUGAGCUAGUGUGGCUAGCUAACAGAGGGCGUAACGUUACUACACAUCCAGCAGCUAUGGUUUAUCAGAGGCACCCAACCAACAAAAGACAGGCCGCGAAUAUAAAUAAGACCAUUCGCGUUUGAGCAGCAAGGAGCUCAUUAAUUUCUUGUUAACCGAGAGUCCGUUUGUGACAAGACACUGGAAUAAGAAGACACUGAACAGGCCUUAUAAGGAUGCCGGUUUGACCACAUACUUUUGAAAUUGUUUAUUGGAGGAUAACGUGAACAUCAAAUAUCUGUCGCUGCAGCGCCUUGGGCACCAAGAGGAAUAUUUAGGUCAGCCAGACAUCAAUAAUCAUGACCCCCCACGAUUCAGACGUGAGCACCAUCUCUCCAGAGCUGCCAGCAAUGUUCGACGGCAUGAAGCUGGCGGCGGUGGCCACGGUCCUCUACAUCAUCGUCCGCUGCUUGAACCUCAAGAGCCCCACUGCUCCCCCGGACCUCACCUACCAGGACACACCCCUCAACCGCUUCCUUCUCAAGUCCUGUCCUCAGCUGACCAAAGAGUACAUUCCUCCCUUACUGUGGGGUAAAAGCGGCCACCUCCAGACGGCACUGUAUGGUAAACUUGGCCGGGUGAACUCACCUCACCCCAGUGGAGUCAGGAAGUACUUACCCAUGCAGGACGGGGCCACUGCGACCUUUGACCUCUUUGAGCCACAGGGGGACCAUCGAACAGGAGAUGACAUCACCAUGGUGAUAUGCCCUGGUAUUGGUAACCAUAGUGAGAAGCAUUACAUCCGAACCUUUGUGGAUUACGCCCAGAAGGACGGUUACCGCUGUGCUGUGCUGAACCACCUGGGAGCUCUUCCCAACAUCGAGCUUACCUCUCCACGCAUGUUUACCUACGGGUGCACGUGGGAGUUUGCCGCCAUGGUCGGCUACAUUAAGCGGACGUAUCCUCAGACCCAACUGAUGGUGGUGGGCUUCAGUCUAGGUGGAAACAUCGUAUGCAAGUUCCUGGGCGAGAACAGCAUGAACCAGGAGCGAGUGCUGUGUUGUGUCAGCGUCUGUCAGGGGUACAGCGCUCUCAGGGCACAGGAAACAUUCCUACAGUGGGACCAGUUCAGACGCUUCUAUAACUUUCUCAUGGCUGACAACAUGAAGAAAAUCAUCCUCUCACACAGGCACAGUCUGUUUGGGGGAAACCCAGUUAAAACGAUAGAUCUAGAUCUUGGUCCGCUGUACACAGCGACAUCUCUCAUGCAGAUCGACGACAACAUCAUGAGAAAAUUCCACGGCCACAGCUCUCUCAAAGAGUACUAUGAGAAGGAGAGCUGUGUACAUUAUAUUCACAAUGUAAACGUGCCACUGUUACUAGUGAACUCUGCAGAUGACCCUCUGGUUCAUGAAUCACUGCUCACCAUCCCUCGCACACUAGCAGCAAAGAAGCCGAAUGUGAUCUUUUCCCUGACGCUACACGGAGGCCACUUGGGCUUCUUCGAGGGCGCGGUGCUAUUCCCCCAGCCCCUCACCUGGAUGGACAAAGUGAUCGUGGGCUACGCCAACGCCAUGUGCCAGUGGGAGAAACAGAAACCGCCGUGCCAAAGUGGCCACCUGAGUGAAAGCUCCUGCGCAGAGGAAAAAGCGUAAACCUCUGACCCUUGUAUCUCUCGCACACACUCUCUCUCCCUACCUUCUCACCCUCUCCAAUACCUAUGCCCCAGCACUGAGGAGACACCUAAACUAAACCUUAAACUGCUCUCUCUUCUCUGCCUUCUCCUCUGGUGCUACUCACCGCUCCCGACCCACAUCCCGGUCAAACAUGUCUCCCCUUUGUGAUCACAAUCACCUUACAUUACGUAAAGGGACAAAAACAACUGCCUUUGUGCUCUUUUUCCGUUGCGAAGACUUUGAAUUCAGAGCAGGAACAUUUUGUUUCUCUUCAUGUACUCAACAAUGAUCCUUGGCUAAUGGAGGCGUUGACUAAAUAUGAGGAGAGAUGAAGUUAAACUGGCAUUAAAAAGUAAAAUGACAGCACCACUUUAGAGUAGUCCAGUGAAAAACAAGAGCACACGAGAAGCCUCCUAUUACAGUAAUCAAGGACUGUGCUGCAGUCGGUGCCCAUUUACCGCACCUGUAAGAAGCUCACUGCUUAUCACCGCCAAGGCCAUAUAGCCUAGUCUGCUGUCUUAACCAACACAGCAUCUUUGUAGUAUGUAUGUAUGUAUGUAUGUAUGUAUGUAACUCACAGAUGUGGUGUGUAUGUCUGUGUGUGCCUGUGUAGACCGAGAGUUAAAGACCUGUGACGGAGCAUGUGGUCUUUGUGUUUGGUAGGUGUGAUCCAAAUUCUCUGUUCGUGGUCUAUCGACCCUUCUAAUGUCUGUUCUUUUGGGUGAACUGUUGCUCUCGCGUUGUUGGUAGAAAAUGUACAGUAGAAAAUGUAAGUAUAAUGGUGGGAUUCAACACAUCAUUUCCAGCUCAUAACAUCCUCUUGACCCUUGCGUUUGGCACUGGAAAUUGAAGUGUUCAGUGCUUACCAGACAUGACCAGGGAUUAACCCCAGAGGGGAUCCGUGCACAUUCCCACGGUCGCAUUUUAUCACUUUGAUUCAAUGCACUUUAUGACACAAUUUUGUUUUUCUUAAUUUUUUUUUCCACCCUCAUUAGUCAAAGCGCACUUAUGGAGAUUAUUGAUGGUUUAGCUCCUCGUGAACGAGAGGAAGAACUGAAAGGAGCGUCGAUGAUGAUAACGAAAAGUUAGAUGACUCAUAUGUUCCAUGUGUUGUCUGUUGUCUUUGAGCCCUCUUACUUUUUCUUCUGCCUUUGAACAGCUGCAGGUCCAGCCAAGGCUGAUAUCCUUCUCUUACUACACAGACGCUAGCACUCCACCCUCUAAACACUUGAUUUGGUUCAAACAUCUUGGUACACUUUUGCGUUUUCUGGCAGAUGAUUCUGUAGUGUCCUCUAAUUUGCCUAGGGAAAGUUCAGCAGUGUGAAGCAGAUAUUCUCCUGUAAUCUAAGCUGUGAGGUGUGAUGAGUAAGGAGGGCUGAGGGAUACCGAUGCUAAACCAAAAAAAGUGGAUCGUUUGUGGAUACUUUGAGUAAUCAUACUGAGUGAUUGUUAUACUGUAUAAUUAGAUGGAGAACACUGCAUGCAAGAAAUAAGAGAUAUUUUAAUUCAAGGGAAUAUUUCUGUUGCAAAUACUGCAUUGAAAGCUUAUUUUCUUGACUGAGCUGAGCGUUAAAGCUGUUUGAAAUCUAUCUGAAAUGUGUCUUGAUGAAGUUAUACUGCAAUAAUGGGACCUGUGGACUUUUCAAAACCUGAAUCUAAUUGAGAACUUGUUGCACACCUUGUAAGGGCUUAGGAAGCUUCUUCCAAGGCAAAGUUCAGCCAAGUAAUCUUAACACUGUGAUGAGACCGAUGGAUGGUUUUAGAUGACAAAGGGGUACGCAGUGAUUGAACAGCACAUGUUGUUUAGGCUGUUUAUGUGUUUUAAAGAUCUGGGUUUGAUAGUAUUUGCAAGUAGUAUCAUUCGUUGCAGGACGUUUGGCAUGUCAGGACCAUUUAUAUUUAUCUUUGUGUCUGUUAGUCGCAACGUUAUGACAAAUAAUUAUCCUGAGCAUUAAAGUUCAUUCUGGACCUGGGAAAUAUGGGUUAUAUGGUAGCCAGUCACCAACCACCACUAAUUAUAUCGGCCGUUUUUUGGCUCAAGGACAAUUUCACGACCACAGUUUAUGUAGAUUUGUUGGUUUUUGAGAUGCAAUUGGCUUAAAUUGAACCUCCUUUUUUUAUUGGAGAUUUUUUAGUGCAAAUACUAUGAAAUCUAGGUAUCUCGCCAAUGCUGGCUUGGCUAAUAGGGAUUCACCGAUCCAACUUUAUCCCUCUCAACUCAGGGUAUCUGCCAAUACCAUGCACCGAUCCGAGACCAGUGCUCUUUUCCCACAUUCCAAAUCUGUACACCUCACUGAGUGGAACUCGAUCAUUUGUAUGUACUGUGGAGAGCAGGGAUUGCCAUGGCAGUAGGCCAGCAACCCGCCAUGACUGAAUUACUUAAACUCAAAGACAGAAAAAGGGACAUUGACAAUGUUCAAAAUGUGUUUAUUAUUAGGAUAAACCCCUUGAGAUGUAUCAUCUUGUUUUCGAGGGGGUCCCAAGACCCAUGAAACUGUAUUUAACAUGGAUCAGUGACAUCAUGGAAGAUCGGGUCGGUGAAUCCCCAAAUGCGCCUUCUUUUUUUGCCUCAAAAUACUGUCAUCCGUCAUUGUUGAAAACACAAAUCACUGUUCACUGCUGCCAUCUGUCGUCAGGGAGACCAAACUACAACUGCAUCCUCUUAAUUAUCUGCGCUGAGAUUAUAUUCAUGGUUCACUCUGUCCACAGCUCUCAUUUCAACCAAAUCAGCUGUGGUUUAGUUUAUUCUGGGUCGUAAAACAAAAUUCUGCUGAAUAUUGAUGACACCAGCACAAACCCAGUUUCUGCAGUAAGCGCCAUUUGUGUUCUUUUUAAGAUUUUUGCCUCCCCCAACUUUGCACAAAAAUGCAGGUUUGGAUGUAUUAUUUGGAUGUAUUUUUUUCUAGUCAAUUAUUUGGGGUAUUUUGUUUGUAUGACUUCUUGUGUUUUAUUUGCUUGUGCAAAUGCAUCAGAGCGUGAGCGUUAAUGAGUAAGAUGAAUAUUGCCACCGCCUCCGAUUGACAAAUACCAAAACUUCUUCACUUUAACGAUGAAAAAGCUAAAGAAAUAUUUAUAUAUAUAUAUAGAGAGAGAUAGUGUAUAUUACAAUAUUUAAGGGAACAGGUAUGAAAAAUAAAGGCAAUAACCAACCAGGAGGGAUUCUCUAAUCAUUUCAACGUGACGGUAAAUGUCAAAUUAUGUUAGACCAUAAUAUGUCAUAUACAUUAAGAUCAUUUUCUUCAUGGAGUAUGGGAGCUGAAAAUGAAAUGUUUACUGUGUUGAUAUAAGACUGUGCUCCUGUGUAUUUAACCAAACCCCAGUGCUUCAAGCAGCUGUCGAUGAAUCCAAAAAAUUGGUUUGGGAUGAACAUUACUCAGUGUUGUGUUCUUCUAAUAGGAUUUUUUAACUUUAAAUCUUAUCAGCCCAAGCUAGUGGAAGAGAGCUCACCGUGUUUUAAGCUACAGUAACCCUUAUGCGGCUUUAAUUUAGUGUUUACAAACAUUUUGAUGUUUUAAGACUGUUAAGGGACGUGGCGACAAAGACGGGGCACACAUAGUCACACAACAUGAUGUACUCAAGUGAUAUUGAACACUGGGUGUUUUUGUUGAAGAAAACCAGUGGUGUGUGUGUGAUCUAAAUAUGUGAGGAAAUAUGGUUAUUGUGUUCCAAAAUAAAUUAUUUUCUCAAAAGAAAAAA